UAUAUAUACACAUAUAUAUAUAUACAUAUAUAUAUAUAUAUAUAUAUAUAUAUAUAUGUUGGCAAUAAAUAUUUGUAAGAUUUAAAAACGUAUAUAUUUUUAGUAUAUAAUAAAAACGCACGUCGAGAUUUAGUAAUACGACAAAACGAGGUGUAUUGAAAUAAUUUUAUAAAAUUUUCUUUCGAUCAUUCCUGUCACAAUUCUCUUUUUAAUUAUCUACAUAUUAAUUUACUAUUAGUAAUUCUGUGAUACUUCGUAUUUGCUGGAAAUUUAGCAGAAUUAAUAGUGAAUUAAUUUGUAGAUUUUAAAAAUGUCUGUAUGAAUUAUAAUUGCUAAUGAGAUAAUUUCGAUAUUAUGUAUAAUACCAAAUGAAAAACGUGAAUAUAUUAAUAUGAAUCUAAUUGAAAUUAAAAUUAUUAAUUAAAAUGCGAAAUAAUCCAUUAAAUAUUUCGCACAUUUAUCAUUUCAGUAUAUUUGUCAUUGAAAAAAUAUAAUCGUAUAAAUAAUAAAUGGUUUUUAAUAUUUUCCGUAAGGCUUGAUAAUUUCUUGUUCUUUCUCUUUCUCUCUUUUUUUCUUUUUAUUCCUUUUUGCCUCAUUUUCAAUUUGAAACUUUGAAAUGGCAAAAGAACUAUGUAUAUGGCAUAUUCAUUUCUAACAUGUUUUAAAUUCUGUUGAAGUAUACAAGUAUGUCAUAUAGAUUCUGUUGCUUGGUAACUAAAUUGCCAAACAUUUCUGUACCACGAGACCGAAGUCAUUAACGUGAUAGUUCAGUGUCUCACAUUACUUUUUAAUUUUUUUUCUUGGAAAAUAAAAAAUAAAAAUAAAAAAAAAAAAGAAACAUUAAUUUUUUUAUACGUAAUACUUUACCUCAUUAUUACGAAACAUAUCUAAUUAUUGCGAUAUAUUGUAAAUGAUUUAUCGAUUAUAAUCAAGAAACUAUUUUAAGUGUAUUUAAAAAGGUAUUUUUUACAGUGAAGUUUCGAACGAACAAAAAUGGGGCCUAAAAAGGCAAAGGGUAAGGCAAUGGACACUGUCGACGGAGUGGAUACAUCAAAAAUGAAUAGAGAACAACUUGAGAUAUAUGCUCAUAAGAUAUUAGAAGAGAUGGAACGUGAAAGGGAGGAAAGAAAUUUCUUUCAAUUAGAAAGAGAUAAAUUACGUACUUUUUGGGAAAUAUCGAGACAUCAAUUGGACGAAGCACGUGCCAUUGUUAGGAAUAAAGAACGAGAGAAGGAAGAACUUCAGGAAAAGCACGAUGCGGAAAUGAAAUUGUACAAACAAAAAGUAAAGCACUUGAUGUAUGAACACCAGACUAACUUGUCUGAAACAAAGGCAGACCAUUUGGUUGCUCUUAAAAUGGCGCAAGAUGAUCACGUAUCUCAAGAGAACGAGCUUAUUAGGGAUAAAAAGGAAUUAAAGAAAGCACAAAGGGAACAGGAAGUGGCUCGUUUGAAUGAAAUGCAUGAAUUGAAACUUCAUCAUGCCGAAGAAAUAAGUAACAUCAUGAAAAAAUUCGAAUCGGAAGCAAUAGAAUUGGAACAAAAGUACGAGCAAAAAUUAACGAAUCAAUACGAAUCAUUGACCUUGAAACAUCAAAUGGAAAUUACCGAAAUAGAGGAGAGAAAAAAUUUACAAAUUUCCACUUUGAUUAAAAAUCAUGAAACUGCAUUUACAGAGAUGAAAACUUAUUAUAAUGAUAUUACUUUAAAUAACUUGUCACUUAUUCAAAGUAUGAAGGAACAAAUGGAACAAAUGAAGAAUAACGAAGAUAGGAUGAAGAAACAGGUACGCGAGUUAACAGUGGAAAAUAAACAAUUUUCUACGGAAUUAAAGAGUUUGAGAGAAAAAGUAGCCGAUUAUACACGACAACUUGUUAAUUAUGAGAAAGAUAAGCAAUGUUUAUCCCAUACAAAAAGAAAACUGUCGUUGACUAUCAAGGAUUAUGAUAAUUUAAAAUGGGAGAAUGAAGUUUUGGAACUACGAUUUGAGAAAUGUCAAUCGGAAAGAGACGAUCUUCAUUCUAGAUUCGUAUCAGCCAUAUUGGAAUUGCAACAAAAGACUGGCUUAAAAAAUGUACUAUUAGAAAAAAAAUUAGAAAAAUUAUCUGAAUUGUUAGAGCAACGUGAAGUUCAAAUUAGCGAAGUCUUGGCUGCUGCUCAUUUAGAUCCCACGGCCGUCGUGAAUGUAAAUAAAAAAUUGGAGGAUAUGUUGAAUCGAAAAAAUACAGCGAUACAAGAUCUCCAAUAUGAAUUGGCUAAAGCUUGUAAAGCGCACGACGAUUUAUUAUCAGUAUACGAAAGUAAAUUGCAAGAGUAUGGAAUAUCUAAAUCUGAGAUUGAAUUUCAACCAUUAAGAGCAAAACUGGUGAAUACGUGGACAGGGUCAGGAUAAUCGACGGAUCUAUAAGAUACAUAGAUAAAACUAAUUAAUGAAUUUAAUAUAUCUACACGUUUAUUUCUUAUCUUUUUUUUUUUUUUUUCUUACAUGCAAUGUGCAUUCG